AUGAAAGGAGAUAGCUUCAGGAAGGUCGGUGUGGUUUAUGCCGUGGAGUGUAAAGGUUGCGGUAAAGUAUACGUGGGUCAAACGGGAUUAAGUGUAGAAGCAAGAAUGGAAAAACAUGUUGAAAAUUUGGAGAAGAGAGAAGUGCAUUCGACUUUAGUAGAUCAUGUUCGAACAUUGAAACAUACCGUGAAUUGUGAUGAACCAAACGUAUUCACAUUUGAAAAGCACGAGAGAAAAAGGAAGAUCAAAGAAACAUUGUUGACAAAAAAACUCCAUGCAUUGGCAUUCAAUGAAAUUUCAUUUAAAACAUUAUUGUUUGGAAUGAAAGAAGAAGAAGAAGAAUACCCCGCCUUUCGGCUACCUUUCAGUAUAGGGUGA